GUGACAACACUGAAAGAGCCUGCACACAAAGUUGACUCCAAGGUUUUUACACCCGGUCACAGGUGGACUCGGUCACGUCACCUCUUGCUCGCUGGAUCACUCGCCUGGCGCUUAAGCAAGUUCGCCCACCGCGCCCUCGUACCGUGCUUUCCUGUUUUUGUUUAGGUAAACCUCUGUCUAGCCUGCCUUGUUAUUGGGUGCCACGUGUGGGGUAGGAGAUAUGAAAAAAUUAUUCCAAACAGCUGCUGUCAUUGCCCUUUGAUACUGUCUUCAUAAAUCAGGAUAAUGUUGCACAAAGAGAUAUUAGCCAAUGUGUUAUCGCAGCACCCACGUUAACGUAGACGUGCGAUAGAUAUAGCGCUAAGGUUGUUUUGUACAACGGCACCCUGGGCUCUUCCAGAUUAAACUUUGUUGGAGGACGUGAUGGGCUAUUCCCUCGAUUCCUGGGCAUGGUGAACGUACAGCGGAGGACACCACAGCCCUCCAUCUUUACUCUGGUAUGGCAGCUUCCAUCUGGGGAAGGUAUCAAUAUUCAAUUAAGAUAUUCAGUAAUCCAGCAUGACAGACACAGAUGAUUGACCUGCAUGUUCAGUAUGAGAACAGGUACUGGUGACUCGGUGUCGAUCAAAUUAGUUGAAUUAUUGCAUUUAAAGCUUUAACCCAGUUUUGUGGAUUAUUGAAAUUACAUCCAGUUUUCUGAAAUAUAGGACACGGGUCAACCUGGAAGUAACAUAAGAUUGUGUGAUGUUCUUGGACAAUACACAAAUUGGAAACAGUAAAAGUGAAAUGGGGUUUUAUAUCCAGUUCAAGUAUUUGCAUCACUUACAAUGUAUGUAAGCAUUAAAAGCUCUCUGUUUCCCUUAUCCCCUCUCCCUUGAAGACGCUUUACCUGGUGAUAGGAACGAGGCUAUAUUACAGUGACACUGAAUUAUAUCGCUGUGCAAUUCCUGUUUGCAUUAUUUUUCCAGGAAACAGCAAAAAUGUCUAAAAGUCAAAGUAUCAUUUAUUUUUCGUUGCCAUUUCAAUGUUGUACAGUUCGUGGUUGCCGUCAUAUUCAUGUGUCUUGGAGAUGUCAGGUCUGUCCUCGGAGCAUACUCCUUCUUCAAAGCAGGUGGGGAGUUUUGGGGCGUACUGGGAGUCUUCAGAAUUCGAAGCAAACAUCCAGCUACCAAACAGACAUAUAAGGUUCACUGGGUGUUCCCCGUCACCUAUGUUGUUUUUUUCCUGGUGUUGUCUAUCACAGCUGUCGUGUACGAGCCUGGAACAUACAUAGUCCCCUUCUGCAUCAUGCUGCUGGGUGUCCCCCUGUACUAUCUGUCCAGAAGUCGCUGGGGGCAACGUGGGCAUCUAGCAACACUUAACAGAUGGAUAACUAUAAUCUGCCACCGCCUCUUGUUACGUGAGCAUGCCUGUCAGGAAGCUGCCUGACAAAGAUGAACUGUAUAUUUUCUCCGUGGUGUGUUAAUAGGAAGUGUAGCAUCUACCCCAAGUCCUAUCAACAUGUAUGAAGAGACAAUAACAUUAUCCUCGUGAAGGCACUUACGUCAAACUUACAGUGUUCCCUGUAAUACAGGACGUGUGAAAUUAUCUUGCCUCGCACAUAAAUGUCGUUUUCUGAUUGGCUGAGCACUCUUCUAUUAUUUGUAAUGUACCCCGCUCACAAACGAGUAACAUUUUCUGUGAACCCCGCUGGGAAUGCCGAACUCAUUUGGUACUUCGUAGUAAUAAU